AUGCCAGAACCGUCGUUAAGCUCCUCCCACCACGGCUCCCACCACGGCUCCCAACGGGACGAGGCGAUCCUCUCCCAGCACCUCGAUCCCCAAUACACCGCUGCUCUCCACGAGGAGGCUAUCCUCCCUGAUAACGGCGAUGGCACUGCAUCGAAUGCUACCGAUGUCUCGGAGCCCCAGUCGUCGCUCCUUCUCCAGGGGGGCGAUAUGCACCGCGAUCUCUACCGUCUCGAUGCCAAAACAAAAAGAGCUAGGAUGGACAAGCGAGCGGCGACGUUUUCUGCGGCGCCUCGUGGAAGCGAUCUCUUUGAGGAGGCAGUAGCGCCGCUCGAACCGGGCAGCUUUCGCCGGAACUUUAUCCGUCAGCAGGGCCAGGAUCAUCCGGCUCUUCACCGCUCGUUCCUCGAAUACCUCGACCUCUACGGCAAUUUUGCAGGCGAGGAUCUGGAGGAAUCCGAGGAAGAAACCGAACAAGGAGAAGAGGAGACGCAGCAAGAAGCGGAGCGAAGGCCGUUACUUGGGACACAGAGGCACAGACGGUCGCGUUCGUACCGGCCUGGUGAUGCCUCGAAUGUGAAGACGUUCUUCACCCUGCUCAAGGCGUUCAUUGGGACUGGGAUCAUAUUCCUGCCAAAAGCUUUCCGCAAUGGAGGGAUCCUGUUCUCGUCGGUCGCUCUGGUGACGGUCGCUUUGAUCUCGACUCUGUGCUUUCACCUGCUUCUCGAGUGCCGGAGACGGUAUGGCGGAGGGUAUGGCGAUCUUGGCGAGCAGAUUGCCGGAUCCAAACUCCGGUCAUUGAUCUUGAGCUCAGUAGCCAUCUCUCAGAUUGGGUUUGUUUGUGCCUGCAUUAUCUUCACGGCCGAGAAUUUGAGGGCGUUCUUCGUGGCUAUCAUGCCCGAGACAGUCCACUCGCUGUCGACGCUCCGGUUGAUCGUGCUCCAGCUGGUUGUGCUCAUUCCUUUGACCAUGAUCCGGAACAUCUCCAAACUGGGCCCGAUCGCGCUCCUUGCUGACGCGUUUAUCCUGUUCGGGCUCGGGUACAUCUACUGCUACGACAUUGCCAGUUUAGCGAGCCGAGGGCUGGCGCCGCGUGUAGACUUGUUUAAUUCUGACUCUUUCACCUUGACUAUCGGAUCGUGCAUUUUCACCUUUGAGGGUAUUGGUCUGAUUCUGCCUAUCCAGUCGUCCAUGAAGAAACCGCAGUGCUUUGAUAAUCUGCUCUACACAGUCAUGUUUAUCAUCACCGUCCUUUUUACGGGAGUCGGAGCUCUCUCGUACGCCACGUUUGGCGCCGACACCAAGACAGAGAUCAUCAGCAAUCUUCCCCAGAACAGCCGACUGGUCAACACAGUCCAGUUCCUGUAUUCCAUCGCCAUCCUAGUGGGGACUCCAAUCCAACUCUUCCCGCCUGUCCGCAUCAUAGAAGGGAAUCUUUUCGGGUCAGCGUCCGGUAAGCGCGAUCCAGGCAUCAAAUGGAAAAAGAAUAGUUUCCGGACAGUGGCCGUUUUGGCGUGCGGCGUUAUUGCGGCUCUGGGCGCUGGUGAUCUGGACAAAUUUGUCUCACUGAUUGGAUCGUUUGCGUGUGUACCUCUGGUGUACAUCUACCCGGCGUAUCUGCAUUGGAAGGGAGUGGCUGAGUCUCCAUGGGCGCAACGCGGGGAUAUAGCCAUGAUGGUGUUGGGAUUUGGUUUCAUGGUCUAUACUACCGCUGCAACGGUAUCAGUCUGGGUUGCUGAUUCGUGA